AUGAACCCCACACAGCGUGUUGUCAUAAUCGGUGCCGGGAUCGUUGGCACCAAUGUUGCUGACGAGUUGGUAUCACGGGGAUGGACUGACAUUACCGUUGUCGAACAGGGCCCUCUACAUAUGCCGGGUGGCUCGACUUCUCAUGCACCGGGCCUUGUGUUCCAGACGAGUCCUUCCAAGACUAUGACCAAGUUAGCAAGCUACACAAUCCAGAAACUGCUCUCAAUUGAAAAAGACGGUCAAAGUUGCUUCAAUCAGGUUGGCGGCCUCGAGAUAGCCACGACGCCGGCUCGAGUGGAGGAACUGAAGCGCAGACAUGGCUUUGCUUCGUCAUGGGGCAUUGUGUCACGACUUCUUAAUACUCAGGAAUGUCUCGAGUUAUAUCCACAUCUCGAUCGAAAUGUCGUACUAGGCGGAUUCUAUAUUCCCAGUGACGGACUUGCCUUGGCUGCUCGCGCAACGCAGCUACUCAUUGAACGAACCAGCAAAGCCGGAGUCCGCUAUAUCGGUGAGACACCUGUUACGGCAAUCGAACAGACAGACUCGCGAGUGACAGGCGUAACUACCCCUGAUGGAACGAUUCCAGCCGAUAUCGUCAUUUCUUGUGCUGGAUUCUGGGGUGUAGAGCUGGGCGCGAUGGUGGGCGUGUCUAUUCCUUUGCUUCCACUGGCACAUCAAUAUGCUAAGACUGCGGCUGUACCAAAACUUGCUGGUCGUGAAGUCAAUAAACGGAUAAAUGGAAUGAAUGCAACAUUGCCUAUACUACGACACCAAGACCAGGAUCUCUACUACCGUGAGCAUGGCGAGCAAUAUGGAAUCGGAUACUAUGGCCAUCGCCCGAUGCCUGUUGUCGCAGAGUCACUAGGUCUCACCCCCAAGCAUGUCGAUGAAAAGCACAUGCCAUCCCGUCUUGACUUUACGAAGGAGGACUUUGAACCGGCUUGGAAGGAGUCCCAGAAGCUUUUGCCUGCCCUCCGCGACACCGAAAUUGCAGAUGGCUUCAAUGGAAUCUUCUCGUUCACUCCAGAUGGCGGACCCAUCGUUGGACAAGCCCCAAAUCUAGAUGGUUUCUGGGUAGCUGAAGCGGUUUGGGUAACCCACUCUGCUGGUGUUGCUCGAGCUUUGGCUGAGGUUCUGACCACGGGUCGAUCCCAGAUCGAUCUAAGCGAGUGCGAAUUAUCUCGAUUCGAGGACGUACAACUUACUCGCGCUUACAUCAACGAAACCUCCGCACAAAACUUUGUUGAGAUCUAUGACAUUCUUCAUCCCUCACAGCCUAAAGAAUCUCCCCGCAAUCUUCGUGUCAGCCCAUUCCACUCUCGCCAAAAAGACCAAGGAGCUUUCUUCCUCGAACUUGCAGGCUGGGAGCGCCCAUUCUGGUACGAGGAAAACCGGAAGUUGCUGAACUCUCUUCCAUCAGAGUGGAAAGCCAUUGAGAGAGAUCCCUGGUCGUCCAGGUUUCAUUCCCCCAUUGUUGCAUUUGAGGCCUGGAAGACCCGCAAUGCUGUGGCCAUGUACGAUAUGACGUCUUUUCAUCGGUUUGAAGUCUCAGGUCCGGGUGCACUUGAUCUGCUCCAACGUCUGACUACCGCUGAUGUCAAUACCAAGUCGGGCGUCAUCGGCUAUGGUCUUCUUCUCAACAACCACGGGGGUAUCCGUAGUGAUCUCUUUAUUGCUCGGCUUGACAAAGACCUUUUCCAAGUUGGUGCCAACACAGCAACUGAUUUUGCUUAUAUCUCCCGAGAAGCUCGCGGACAGGAACAAUGGGUCCAAGUGCGAGAUAUCACUGGUAGCACCUGCUGCAUCGGUCUCUGGGGUCCUCGCUCACGAGAUGUGAUAACCACUAUCAGCCCGGAUGAUUUCUCCAACAAAUCGUUUCCAUAUCUCGACGUCAGAAAUAUUACCGUCAACGGCAUUCCAGUUACAGCUCUGCGCAAGUCAUAUGUUGGUGAGCUAGGCUGGGAGCUUCAAACAAGCGCCGAAUACGGUGGACGGCUUUGGGAUAGCAUAUGGAGCGCAGGCAAGAAUCAUGGUAUCAUUGCAGCCGGUCGAGGUGCAUUCAACGCCUUGCGUCUGGAAAAGGGCUACCGUACCUACGGUGUGGAUAUGAACUCAGAGCACAAUCCAUAUGAGGCAGGUGUCGCGAAUGCUGUCCGUGCGAGCAAAUGGGAGGAUUACGUUGGCAAAGCGGCACUUGAACUCCUUGUGAAGCAGAAACCUACCCGUCUGCUACGUUGUCUCACUAUUAAUGAUGGUCGUUCGAUGGUUCUUGGUAAAGAGCCGGUAUUUUAUAACGAAAAAGCAGUCGGAUAUGUGACAACUGCUGCGUUUGGUUACACGGUUCGCAAACCAGUGGCUUAUGCUUGGCUUCCUUCCACUGUCUCUCUGGGGCAGGUUGUUGAGAUCGAAUACUUUGGUCGUCGAAUUCAAGCUACGGUCGCCAAUGAUCCACUCUAUGAUCCUGAUUCAAGACGCCUGCUUGAUGAUAAGCCAUUCAUCGAUCAAACAUUGCAGAAGCAGCCGAAACCCCGCUUAUAG